GUCUCGCAUAACUGCACUAACCUCCUCGCGCUCGCGCUCUCUUCACAAGAGAGAAAUAAAGAAGGUGGCUCAAUCCAACCUUCUCCGAAUCGCUCUCGGAUUGACUCCGCCCUCAAAAGUCUCGCGACUGACACAUUUGACAUUCUCUGGAAAAAAAGGGGGAAAAACUCCGCUUUAGUGGUCGAGGUCGUCUGAAACCUCUCGGGGUUCCUCGCUUUUCCCACAGCUGUGAGGAGUUGUCGCCUCUCGAGUGUCGACUAUGCUGGACCCGUCCUCCAGCGAUGAAUCUGAGGGCGAACUACCACCUGAGGACGAACCGCCCGUUAAAACCGGGAAACCUGUUAAAAAGAGUCCCAAACCUGGAAAGACGUCGGACGCCCCACGAACCAAAACCAAGGAACCGGUCUCUUCUCCCGCCGAGGCGGACACAACCGAGCAGGAGAGACUUAAGAAAGAAGAAGCGGAGAGGAAAAUUAAACUACAAAUUUAUGUGUUUGUUUUGAGAUGUAUCGCGUAUCCGUUUAACGCCAAACAGCCCACAGAUAUGGCUCGGCGUCAGCAGAAGCUGAACAAGCAGCAGUUGCAGGUGGUAAAGGAGCGUUUCCAGGCCUUCCUGAAAGGAGAGACGCAGAUCGUCGCAGAUGAGGCUUUUUGCAACGCCGUGCGCAGUUACUAUGAGGCAAGACUCUGAUUUUCAUUUCUAUAUCCAAUAGACUUUCAAAGUGUUUGG